AUGAAAUUCAGUGAAGGGCUUAAGUGGAAUUGGGAGACUGAGUUAAUUGAAAAUUCUGAUUCUGUUAACAUCAUUAGUGAUAUGAAUGUUGCUGAAAAUGAUGAAAGUUUCGCUGUCAAAGGCACUAGAUCAUUGCGAGAAAUUUACAGUAGAUGCCCUGAUAAUGAUUUCCUCAAGGAAUUCAAAGCUCAAAUGAAGGCUGAAUUUGGCAUGACUGAUCUGGGGGAAAUGCCAUAUUUUCUAGGCAUGGAGUUCAAGCAAAUGGAUGAUCAGAUUGUAAUUCAUCAAAGUAAGUAUGCUCAAGACUUACUUAAGAAGUUUAACAUGAGUUUCUGCAAACCAGCCCCAACGCCUUUAGCUGUUGGAUGCAAACUCAGCAAAGAUGAUGGUGAAAUCAAGAUUGAUGCAACAAUCAACGAGAGCAUGAUAGGAUGCCUGCUUUAUUUAUCAGCCUCCAGGCCUGAUAUUAUGUAUGCAACCAGCUAG